AUGGCGUUAUACGACAUCUUCACCAGUUCUACCUCUCUUACCAGUCCAUUCCCUCUGACAGUCGGAAUCCUAUCCAUCUCGCUGUCCUGGGUGCUCUGGUACCGGCGACGAGGAAAGCAGACACAGAGUCAAAAUAAUGCUCCCCCGUUUUACCCAUUUGAUCCAGCUACUCUGGACCGAAAACAGUCCAAACCCCCAAUCCUCACCUUCGGAGACUCAAUGGUCCUACCAAAUCGCUACGCGCAUGAGAUCCGGAACAACGACCUUCUCAGCUUUCGAGAUGGAUUAGAGAAAGACUUCCUAACCACAGUCCCAGGCCUGGAAGCCCUCUUCACAGGGACAUUCCAUAACGACAUCGUCUGGGACACAGCAUCGGCAUUCUCGCGCAAAAUAGGCCUGCUGAUUGAGCCGCUAUCUACAGAGACAGGCGUUUUCUUGCAGGGAAACUGGUCUGAGGAUACAGAAUGGCACACCAUCCCGCUGAACGAGUCCAUGCAGCUCCUCAUCGCCCAACUCACAGCCCGAAUAUUCGUCGGAAAGGAGCUCUGUCGUAACAGCGACUGGAUCCAGAUUGCCCUGGGUUAUACCGCGAAUCGAGCAGCCGCGAUUAAGGAAUUGCAUCAAUACGGCCGCCUUAUUCCGAUUGUACAUUGGUUUAUCCCGUCUUGCAGGGCGUUGAGAGCUUGUGUUAGGGAUGCUAGGCCGCUUGUUGAGAGUAUUUUGACUACUCACAGGAAGACCCAGGGGAAAGUACAGAAAGAGGAGUCAAUAGAUGCCUUGUCCUGGAUUGACGGCGUUGCCGGUGAGACUGGGGUUAAAUACGAUCCCACCCUCACGCAGCUCCGACUCGCAUAUGCAGCGGUGCAUACAACCAGUGACAUGAUGACGAAGGUGUUAGCUGCAAUAUGUGAGCACGACGAGUUAAUCCAGCCCCUCCGCGAAGAGAUCGCGGCCGUUGUGACAGAGCAUGGAUGGACUGAAGCGGGCCUGGCGAAGAUGAUUCUGCUCGAUAGUGUCUUGAAGGAGACGCAGAGAUUAGAGCCGCUUGCUAGCUUCACCCUUUCGCGUAUAGCCCGCGAGGCCGUUACCCUGAACGACGGCACCCGCGUCCCCAAAGGCACCCAAGCCCGUCUAACAACGGACAACAUGUGGAACUCAGAUAUCUAUCCAGAGGCCGCAAGGUUCAACGGAUACCGCUUCGUGAAGCUUCGAGACCAGGACGUAGCUGGUGGUACGUCAUCUGGUGGCCUCUCGUUUGUCAGCGUCAGCGCCAACCAUAUGGGCUUUGGUUAUGGAAAACAUGCAUGCCCAGGACGAUUCUUUGCAGGCGCAGAAACAAAGAUUGCGCUGUGUCAUAUUCUGCUCAAGUAUGAUUUUGAACUCGUGGAUAAAGGACUUGCAGGGGCGAAGACGGACGGGAUGAUGAUUUGGAGGGAUAAGAGUGCGAUGCUGAGAGUUAGAAGGAGGGAGAAUAUAGGGUUGGAGUUUUGA